AUUCUUCCCGAGCAACCUGAAUGCAGCGCGAUCCCAGACGUACGCACUGUGCGUCUGACGUCACGUUCAGCGGUAUCUCCGGGAGACAAGGUAACAAGAUGGGAUUGCUGUCCAUUCUCCGUAAGCUAAAAAGCACUCCAGACCAGGAGGUUCGAAUACUGCUGCUGGGUCUGGACAAUGGGGGGAAGACCACGCUCCUCAAACAGCUGGCGUCAGAGGACAUCAGCCACAUCACCCCCACGCAGGGAUUCAACAUUAAGAGCGUCCAGUCUCAGGGGUUUAAGCUGAACGUUUGGGACAUCGGAGGCCAGCGAAAGAUCAGGCCCUACUGGAGAAACUACUUUGAAAACACCGACGUGCUCAUUUACGUCAUAGACAGCGCCGACAGAAAGAGGUUUGAGGAAACGGGGCAGGAACUGGCUGAGCUGUUGGACGAGGAGAAGCUGAGCGGCGUCCCUGUGCUGAUCUUUGCCAACAAGCAGGACCUGCUGACGGCGGCCCCGGCCUCGGAGAUCGCGGAGGGACUCAAUCUGCACACCAUCCGCGAUCGGAUGUGGCAGAUCCAGUCCUGCUCCGCCCUCACCGGAGAGGGCAUUCAGGAGGGCAUGAAUUGGGUUUGCAAAAGCGUCAACUCCAAGAAAAAAUAGCGUCGCUUUCGGUCUUGUACGACCCAAAAGGAGCAGCAGCAGGAGCAGCGUGCGAACACACCCUGACACACACUACACCUCCCGAGCCUUAGUACGGUGGGAUUUACCUGUGAAUGUACACACUCUACUAAUCCGACGCAGACUCUUUUUUUUUUUUUCUUUUUAACCUCCUCCCCUCCCAUACAUUACCGCAUCGACGAUGCGUAAGAACCUCGGCGCAUCGCCUGGCCUCCACGACGAAGGGAGGCGUUUGCCUUCAAAGGGAUCUGACGCCAGUAAAACCAGCACCACCUCCACGACUCCUCAUCCUCAUCCUCAUCCUCUCCUGUCCGCCUAUCUGAAGCGUCCUCGUUUAACUGCUGCUCAUCUCAGGAGUUCCAGCGCACCCUUUUUUUAUUUUAUUUUUCCUCAGUUCUCGCUCAUAUCUCCGUCUCAUUCGUGAUGUCUACUUGUUUUUUUUUUUUUUUUAUCAUUCCGCGGCGCCUGUGAGCUGCUUUCCUGCUAUUGGCCUGUUUGAAGUGAGGUAUAUUUUUGUAACUGUUUUAUUUAUGGUGACGUUAGAGUGCUUUCAAACAACUGCUCGUGUGGCGCGUGAGAGAACUGACUGGACCAACAAUAAUACUGUGUUAAUAUGUAAAAAAAAAAAAUAAUAAACAGGAAUAAAUUAAGAGUAAGGAACACUACGUUUUGGAUCAGUUGUAUAAAAGGACUGGCCCUUUUGUUAUAGAGUACUCUGCAUCCUGCUGUACCUUGUAGUCUAUAAUGUUUGCGUAGCUAACAUGCGCUGGCAGAUCUGUAACAGAGAUAAAUGUACUGUACGGUCCGAUGCAUUUCUAUGUGCUCCUUGGGUUAGUGGGGGAAUGCACUGUUUUAGCAUUUUCCUUUUGAUAUCCUUGAAUGUAAUCUGUCGAGUUCGAAAUAAAAUGUAUGUGAAUAAAAGAAGAAAAAAACAACUAAA